AUGGAAGCUCUGAAGGGUCACGACGUUGUUUUGGUGGCCGGUGGCACAUCUGUUAGUCUCGCGGGCGAGAACAAGGACAUCUUGCUCAACGAGGACGCUGAUUUUUCCGUGCCAUGCCUUGAUUUCGCUUGCCUUCUGGACGAUGGUUCUUGUCAUUGCAGCAUCCUGCUCGUCAUCCGCCUUGACGACCUCGUUUCGCCUGACGAGGAAAAUUGUGGAACGCGGGUUCUUCACAUCGAGUCAGUUCCCGACGAGGAUAAACAUUCAAAGCUGGCGGACGACGUGGUCGGGUGGUUCGCGAGGGUGGUUGCAUCGGAGAACUUGGAGCCGGAUCUCAAGAAGGAAGUUUGGCAGCGGGCGCUGGUGCUCAGGCGAGAGUGGAUGGCUGUGGGUGAUUCAUCCGCGGGAAACCAGAACAGGAAGGUGGAUGACGCGGGAAACGAGAAGGGGCCUGCCGCGCCAACCGCGGAGAAGAACACCGCAGCUGACGACGUGGACAAGGCCACUCCACCCCGCGUAACCGAGAAUCGGUUGGAGGUUGCUAGUGGCAGAGGUGGGAAAUGGCCGAAAAGGAGCGGCGGCCGCUCCGCCGAACAGCUCUCCAAGUUGCCGGCGCUCACGCUUGCGCACGAGGUGGUGCGUCUCGAGGCCGAAGUCUGUCGGCUGAAGGAGUUGGCAAAUACGCAAGAAAGGCGAUUGGCACACCAGCGGGAUACGAUGUCGGAGUUGAUGGGCCGCGCGGAGGAGAGCCAAGAGGGGUUUGAACGGGCAUUGACGACCAUGAACCGCCUCGUGGCCCGCGCCGACGAUGCGGAUAAGCGAGGUCGCAAGGAUGUUGCAAACGCGGUCCAGGAAAUGCGCGUGGAGAGGGCGAACGCGACUUCUCAAAGGGAGACGGCGGCGCUCACAUUUGCACGCCUUGAGGCCGCGGUGGUGGAGUUGAAGUCCACGAUUUUUUCCGCGCUCAAUAGUGCCGCAGAGCAGACUCGCGCGUCGGGUGUCACAAGCCUCCCGCUCAUCCUAUCAGGGGGUGGUGAGUCCGCGCGUCAGGAGAAGCGUCCUGUACCUCAAGCUGCCGAAGGCGAGGCUACUACGGGCCGCGUGAAGAAGUUGAAGGCCGCUGGAAAAGAUUCAUCUACCGCGGCUGCUGCAGUGAAGGACUGUGGAGUCGCGGCUGCGAGGCUUGCCAUUGCGGGGAGCAAGAACGAGGGCGCGGUAGUUAUUUCUGACGACGAGGAUGCGGAGGCGUUGGAAUCGCGGAAAAGGUUUCUUGCGGCCCGGGCUGCGGUGAAGGGUGCUGGUCGUGGGGGUGCAAUGGCCAAGGACCCGAAGGACCAGCUUUGUAUUGGGACCGGUGUUGUGGAGGGGGGACAUAAGAACGUCGCGGCCACACAGACGGCGAUGGUCGGAGUCCGCUUUACUCCGGGGAACAAAAACCCGUUCUCGGUUGAGCUUCAUCACGGAGGGGUGCGCUACUAUCUCGGCUCGUUUUCGCGUACUACGCUCGCGCGCUACCUGUCUGCGGUGGCACAGACCAUGUGGCACGGCCGCGUUCAGAGUCGUGAGUUGGUGCUCUCCAAUAAGGAGGAAUCCGAUUGGGCGGAAAAUCUCGACCUGGCGCGGAAGAUGACCGCGGGCCUAUGUUCAAAUCAUUUUCUGCGGAAACUGGCUGGCAACCACAAGAGGAUGCUCAACAUUUUCAAAACGUGUCGCGAACUUGUGGAAGCGGAUUCGGACAACACUGUCCAGUCCGCGUUAUGUGCUGCAGUUGGGCUAGAGGUCGCGGAAGAUGAUGCGAAAGUGAAGGGGAAAGAACAGAAGACGUUAUUCGCCGCCGCGGUCGCGUUCGCGUUUGCUGCUGUGUGGAGUCUGACCGCGGAAUAUGCGCGCUGCAACACGGCAGGUGGUGCGAGAUCAGCCUGGAAAAGAGUCACCGUGGAGGUUCGUGCUGCCGCGGUCAAAAGUGGCUCAGCCGCUGCAAAGCUGUGUCGCGCUAGUGUGGAUCAACUGGAGGGUUUGGAGGUGUGUUGGAGAGACGUGUGCUCGGACAUCCGGAAACACCAAGGUGAUCAGCUGGGGGCCACGGCGAGCAUCCAGAAGAGGGUGCUGAAGUUGUAUGGGGAAGAGCUUGACAUGACCGACAAGGUUGUCGUGCAUCAGCUGAUCCAGGUGGUGGUCGACUGGAACUACGGUUCGUCCGUGUUCCUGGCAACAAAAGGUGUGGGCCUUUACAUGGAAUACCCGAAAAAGAAGGGGACGCGUGGGAAGGGCAAGAAUGGGGACGCGGGAGAGAAGGAUGGGAAGAGCGAUAUGGAUGAGAGGAAGGGCGAGGAGGCGGAGCACAGUGAUGGAGAAGACAUUUAG